UGUGUGUGUGUGUCUCUCAUUGUUUCAGGAGGAAUCGCGCACGGUUUCCACACAGUCGCCUCGAUGGCCGCCGCACGCUCUCCACGGACCAGCUGAGAGAGAGCUCCCCAGCUUUGACUCACCUACUCCCGGAUACGAGCACCGGGAUUCUACCGCCUGCGCGUCCGGACACAGACGCUCUCACCUCGGGACAACCGACAAUCAAACGCGGGACGUAAACAGAGGUCCCUGCAGCUCGAAAGCACCACACCGCAGCGUCGACGCCAUGGUUGAACCCGCCGACAGGACGUCCACAGCCGGGCAGAGGCUGGGCGCCCCUGAAAGUUUCGGGGUGUCCACGCUGGAGCCGGGCCUGCAUCCUCCUGCUCAGACUCCCGGGAGGCUGGUCUCCAUACGGGUGCAGAUGCUCGAUGACACGCAGGAAGUCUUCCAGAUAUCUCAACGUUCUCCAGGCAAAGUGCUGUUUGACCUGGCUUGUGUCCAUCUCAACCUGACUGAGGGAGACUACUUCGGACUGGAGUACCAGGACCAGCGCAAGAUGACGGUGUGGCUGGACCUGCUGAAGCCGACACUGAAACAGAUCAGACGGCCUAAAAACACCAUCCUCCGUUUUGUGGUGAAGUUCUUCCCUCCUGACCACACACAGCUCAUGGAGGAGCUGACUCGGUAUCUGUUUGCCCUGCAGAUUAAACGCGAUCUCGCCUGCGGUCAUCUCAUCUGCAACGACACCAGCGCCGCUCUCAUGGUCUCCCACAUCAUUCAGUCGGAGAUCGGAGACUUCGAUGAGACCCAGAGCUGGCAGCAUCUCCUCCACAAUAAGUACCUGCCUGACCAGGACGCCAUCAGAGACAAGAUCACCGACUGCCACCGCAAGCAUGUCGGGCAGACUCCUGCAGAAUCGGACUACCAGCUGCUGGAAAUCGCCCGGCGGUUGGAAAUGUACGGAGUUCGUCUGCACCCAGCAAAGGACAGAGAGGGAACGAAGCUCAGCCUGUCCGUGGCACACACCGGGGUGCUGGUCUUCCAGGGCUACACUAAGAUCAACGCCUUCAACUGGUCUAAGAUUCGCAAGCUGAGCUUCAAACGCAAAAGGUUCCUAAUUAAGCUGCGAGCCGACCCCGCUCAGAACGCACACCACGACACGCUGGAGUUCGCCAUGGCCAGCAGGGACUGUUGUAAGAUCUUCUGGAAGAUCAGUGUCGAGUACCACGCCUUCUUCAGGCUUUUCGAGGAGCCCAAGCCCAAACCCAAGCCCAUCCUCUUCACCAGAGGGUCGUCAUUCCGCUUCAGUGGUCGAACUCAGAAGCAGAUCAUCGAUUACGUCAAAGACACGGAGCUCAAGAAAGUUCCUUUUGAAAGAAAGCACAGUAAGGUUCUGUCCCACAGCAGCAUGUCCCCUCUGUCUUCUUCCUUCAGAUUACAAGUGCCAAAAGAGAGUGCCAUGUCUGUUGCGUUAGCAGACCAGCCUGACUCAGCCCGAUUGAGCCAUCGAGCUGAGACUAACACUUCAGAUGAGCCAGUUGUAGCCUCUGCCAACGGUUUCCAAGAUGUACCGGCGGCUCCUGGCUCGGACCCGAUUCAGUCCAGACGGAACCACAACGGCGCAGGAUCAGCACCAGACCAGCACCUCCUCAACCCAGGUCCAUCCUGCAGGACAAACAAAGGAAGUCCCGGCUCAGACGACUCUCCGCUGGGAAGUCCCCGCCUGGUGGGCAACGGCUCUGUGAAUGGACAAGAGAUGGGCAGCACCGCUGUCCUGGGCUCGGGUCAGAUUGCGGAGGGACAGCAGAUAUCGCCGCUCACCAGCCCGCUGCUCACUGAGGCCGGAUAUGUCCGCAACGAGGAGGAGGAGGAGGCGAGGAGGAAGAAGUUUCCCACAGACAAGGCCUACUUCAUCGCCAAGGAACUGUUGACCACGGAGCGGACCUACCUCAAAGACCUGCAGGUCGUCACAGAGUCCUUCCAGAGCUCUGUGGCCAAAGACGAGGCGUUCCCAGACCCCGUUCAGAACCUGAUCUCUGCCAACUACGAUCCCAUCCACAAGUUUCACCAGGGAUUCCUCAAAGAGGUGGAGCAGCGGCUGGCUCAGUGGGAGGGUCGCUCAAACGCCCACAUCAAGGGAGACUAUCAGCGGAUCGGUGAUGUUUUACUGAAGAACAUUCAGGGUCUGAGGCAGUUGACCGUUCACCUCCAGAAACAUUCAGAGUGUCUGGUUGAACUGGAACGUGCCUGCAGGUCCGGUCGAAAAGUGGAGACUCUGUGUCGAGACUUUGAGCAGCAGAGGGUUUGCUACCUGCCCUUCAACAUCUUCCUUCUGCGACCGCUCCAUCGCCUGCUGCACUACAAACUCAUCCUGGAGAGGCUCUGCAAGCACUACCCACCCACGCACGAUGACUUCAGGGACUGUAGAGCGGCCCUGGCGGACAUCACUGAGAUGGUGCUGCAGCUUCAAGGCACCAUGAUGAAGAUGGAGAACUUCCAGAAGCUCCUGGAGUUGAAGAAAGACUUGACCGGCAUCGACAACCUCGCCAUUCACGGCAGGGAGUUCAUCAGGCUCGGCUGCCUCAGCAAGCUCUCAGGAAAGGGACUUCAGCAGAGGAUGUUCUUCCUGUUCAGCGAUUCCCUGGUGUACACCAGUCGAGGGACAACCCCGGUCAAUCAGUUUAAAGUUCACGGCCAGCUGCCCCUUUAUGGCAUGACGAUCAGGGAGAGUGAGGAGGAGUGGGGAGUCCCUCAUUCUUUCACCUUGUUCGGACAGCGCCAGUCAGUGGUGGUGGCAGCCAGCUGUGCGUCGGAGAUGGAGCGGUGGGUGGAGGACAUCAGGAUGGCGAUCGACCUCGCAGAGCAGAGCAGCAGCCCCAGCGAUGACCUGCUCUCCACUAGCCUCACCGACAACAAGCUGUCGGAGGACGGCGUGGCCGAGCAAGAGUCAGAGGAGGAGCUCUGCGGCUCGCGCUCGUCCCUGGAGCGCCAGGGUCACCGCGGCAACACCACCGUGCACGUCUGCUGGCACCGCAACACCAGCGUUUCCAUGGUGGACUUCAGCGUCGCCGUGGAGAACCAGCUGUCAGGGAACCUGCUGAGGAAGUUUAAGAACAGUAACGGCUGGCAGAAGCUCUGGGUGGUCUUCACCAACUUCAGCCUCUUCUUCUACAAGUCACAUCAGGAUGACUACCCUCUGGCCAGCCUCCCUCUGCUGGGCUACUCCGUCACCGUCCCAUCCGAGUCGGAGAACAUCCACAAAGAUUACGUCUUCAAACUCCACUUCAAGUCCCACGUCUACUACUUCAGAUCAGAGAGCGAGUACACAUUUGAAAGGUGGAUGGAGGUGAUCCGCAGCGCCACUUGCUCCUCCAGCCACUCGCUGCCGAGCACCAGGAAAGACCUUUACUGAUGAACCGGCUCCUUCGUCUCUCCUCUUCCUCGCUCUGACCUGGACUUCAGACGCCAGAAAAAGACUCUUUCUUAUAUUCACAGAAUCAUGUCACAAUCCACACUAAUCAUCACGCACGUCACUCAGAAACUUCACCUUGUGAUCACAUCAUAUCGCAACGUUUUUGUUCGUCAAACUGCCAACAAAAAGUCGACGAUGUUUUCCUUCCCGAUUCUUAUUGUUGACUCCACGCUUGUGCUGUCACAUGAGUGACAUUCACACACACACACAUGGAUUUAACAACAUCCCCGUUUACAAAAAGGAGGAUUUUAUCCCUUAAGUAUUACUUUUUGACUCAAUAUAAUAUUUCCUAGGUGAUUUUAAAUAUUCUAUAUUUUCCUGUAGAGCACCGCAUUUGUGAUAAGGAUUCAAACAUGUACAUAAAAUGGCUUGAAUAAGA